AUGAACAGCAGCCAGCAGCUGCUGGCGGCUGUCAAUAUGCCAGCGCCGACCGCCACUGCCAACGUAGCCAACGCCAACGCCAUUGUCGUCGCCAUCAGCGCCAUCGGCACAGCACCGCAGGCCAUGCCAUUUUCAUCCGACCAGUCGCAGUCGCAAUAUAGACGCGGGGAUGCCAACUACCCGGCAUUUCGUGCGACUUCGUACGACGUGUUGUUCAAUUUCGUCUUUGAAUGGCCUGGAAAAGCGCGACUGCUCGGUGGUGAGAGUAGGGGGCAAAAGCCCUGA